GUCCCAACUAUAGUUAGGACUUAUGCUAUAGUUGGGGUGCAACAAAAUCACCUGUGCAGUAUUUCACUGCUGUGUCUUGUGAGGGGACUUGGGAUGGGCCUUCUGAAGGGACUUGUGACUGGUCUUGUGAGGGGACUUGCGACUGGUCUUGUGAGGGGACAUGUGAAAGGACUUGUGAUGGACUCUAAUACAAGACUGCAAAUAUCUGUGUAUGCCAACCUGUCAUUUCAUCUGUGACACAGAUCAAAACUAGGGUAGAUUGCCAGCACAUUCUGGCAUCCUAUCCAUAGUUGGGUGAUUCCAGCUGCAGCACCAUAUACAUCAUGUACAUGUAGGACAGAUGAUAUACAUGUAUGAUAGUCGGGGUGAUACAUCAUCAAGGACUCCAGAUUCAAGAAGCAUAUAAUUUCAAGACAAUGGAAGUCUAGAGCUUGAAGACACAACUGGCUGCUUGAGAGUUGGAAUCUGCAAUGGAAUUCGACAAGGUCCUCAAGACGGUCGGGGAGUUUGGCCGGGUACAGAAGUCCAACUUCCUGCUCCUGGCCUCGCUGAACGGUUUCAUGGCCAUGCACAUGUUGGCCCUGGCAUUCGUCGGGAAGGAGCCACAGCACAUCUUCUGCGCCGACAAUCCCAUCUCCAAGGUGCACCCCUGCAGUCCCAAGGCUAGACCAUGCUCACAUUACACCUACUCCAAGGAGUUCACAUCCAUUGUCUCGGAGUGGGAUCUGGUGUGCGACAACUCUUACAAAGUCAGCCUGGUCCAGUCUCUCUUCAUGUUUGGUGUGCUGGCUGGCACCAUGGUGUUUGGCACCAUGGCCGACAAGUACGGACGCCGGAAAAUCUGCCUCUUGGGACUGAUUCUGAUGUCCAUGUUUGGCAUGCUGAGUGCACUGACCAGGUCCUACGUCCAGUUUGCAGUAACAAGGUUCUUGUUGGGCACGGCUACCGGUGGCGUGAUUCUCUGUUCCUUUGUGUUGGCCACAGAGAACCUGGGCAGUUCCUACAGGGGACCAGCAGGGACCUUCCUCCAAGCAGUCUUCUGCAUAGGCAUUAUGCUGUUUGCCGUCUUGGCCUACUACAUCAGGAGUUGGCGAGUGUUACUAUUCACAACAACCUUACCCCUGAUUGGCUAUCUGUCCAUCAACUGGUUUGUCCCUGAAUCUGCCAGGUGGCUGGCUUCACAGGGCCGGGUGUCCGAGGCGGAAGAUAUUCUGUACUAUAUCGGUCACACCAAUGGUAAAAACAUUACCAAAGCAAUGGUGAAGCUGAAGACCUCCAGCAACCCAACGAAUGCCAAGCAGUAUGGCCUCACAGACUGUUUCCGGACUCCUGUCAUCAGAUCCAGAAUGGUCAUCAUGAUCUUUAACUGGUUUACAUGCAGCAUGGUGUACUACGGCCUGACCAUGAACGCCAGCAACCAAGGAGGCAACAUGUACACCAGCUUUGCCUUGUCUGGCCUGGCUGAAUUGCCUGCCUACACCGUCUGCUUUUUUCUUCUAAACAGGUUUGGGAGACGGAAGCUUUUACUUAUGUCGAUUUUUACGGCUGGCAUCACCUGCCUAGCUCUUGUGACUGUGCCAUCACAUCCUGAACUGAUGAACCUACGCACGAGCCUCAACUUUGUAGGCAAGAUGGGUGUGGCGGCUGCAUUCAACAUUGUUUACAUCUAUGCCUCAGAACUGCUGCCAACAGUUGUCAGAAACAGCGGCAUGGGUGUGUGCUCCAUGGCAGCUCGAUUAGGGGGUGUAGUCGCACCGUCGGUCAUCUUAAUGGGGGAUUUCAUGGCCUUCUUGGUCUUUGGAGCCACGGCUUUCAUCAGCGGCGUGCUGGACCUCUGGCUGCCCGAGACGCUGGAUAAGCCCCUCCCCGAGUCCAUCAAAGACGUGGAGGACGGCGACGUCAGGUGGAGGGAGGAUGUAGUGGUCGUCAAGGAUGCCAAGACGCUGGAGAUGAUGGAGGAGAAGAUAGAAAUGUUCCAGAAAGAUGAAAUGGUUUGAAGCAAAUUCAAAAAUCUAUUAUAUUAGUAUUUUGAAUUUUGUAACUUAGUUUGGGUUAUACUGAUGUAAGUGGAAUAGUUUAGCCCAAGUAUGGUUUUGGUAUAACUUCGUGUCUAGUGUUGGUUUCAGUUUUUCUUUUGUAGAUGUAAAUGUAAAUGUUACUAUUGUAUUUUGUCCUUACCUGGUAUAAUUAAACCUUACAAGAGCUUGGAGUGUGGGGCUGGAAUCUGCCCCCUCGCCA